AUGGAGAAGAGCUCACUUGGUCCAUCUACUAGCUCAGGGCAUCCUCUAAGUCUCUUUCAACCUUCAAGUCUCAAAGAAUUCGAGAGAUGGAUGAUAAAGCAUGAACGCACAUAUCCGAAUAAUUCUGAAAAAGAGAGACGAUUUGGAAUUUUUAGAACCAGAUUUGAGUCGAUUGAACUUUUCAACACGCAACAAGAAGGGAAAACAAGUUCAUUUAAGAAAGGCAUUAAUAUGUUUUCUGACAUGACAGCUGAAGAGUUCUUGUCAAUUUAUGCUUCAUGCCAAAACGACGACCCCUCAAAAUAUAUUUCAUCAUUUGGAGUAGAUUCUACAUAUGAUGUUGCUGAAGACGACUAUGCAGAUAUUCCUCCCGUAAGCAUUGAUUGGAGGGAUGAAAAUUUGGUCACUCCGGUGAAAAAUCAAGGGCAAUGUGGUUCUUGUUGGGCGUUUGCUGCUGUGGCAGCAGUGGAAGGGAGUAUGGCUUGGAACUAUGGUAUCAAUACUUCACUGUCCGAGCAGCAAAUUUUGGACUGCAGUGGAAAUGCCGACGGCUGCAAGGGUGGUUUCACAGUUGCCGCCUUUGACUAUGUAAUACGAAAUGGAGGACUCAACAGUGAAGAAAAUUACGGCUAUGUCGCUAAGCAGGGAACAUGUGACAGCAGCAAGACAGACGAACAUCUUGGUCGGAUAACUGGUUAUAAGAAAGUGCCUCCCAACGAAUACGAUCUAGCCAAGGCUGUGGCCUGGCAGCCCAUCCCAGUUUCAAUUUCAAUCGGUGCAGGAUUUCAGGAAUACCAAGGUGGUAUACUUAGAGGUGGUUGUUCCUAUAACCCAUAUAAAAACAAACACACUGUUCUAAUUGUUGGCUAUGGGAGGACCGAAGAUCAUCACGAGGACUACUGGAUAGUAAAAAAUUCCUGGGGCGAAGACUGGGGCGAGGAAGGCUAUGUCAGAAUGUAUAAGGGCGUCAAUCUGUGUAAUAUUGCUGACAAUGCUAUAAGCCCGUUGAAUACUUAUGAUGUGGAACGGCGUAAAACAAUAACCCGCAAUCGACGUGCUGUUGGAUAA